CUGCCUGUCUCUCUCCCUCUCUCCUCUGUAUCUCUCACGCGUUCAACGGCAAAAUAUAAAAAAACGGCAAUUGGCAUAUUCUUCCUCUCAGUCCCUCCCUACAAUUCUGCUCUCAAGCUUUUUUGUUCUUCCUUUUGGCCCACACCCACGCACACAUAAGAUCCUGCUCCCAGAAAAUCUCUUCACUCUGCCCAUUCCACCAAACCAAUCCGUAACGUUACAUCCCCAGCUUUUCACUUUUUGUGUUUUCCCUUAUACAAAUUCAACAAACCCACUACUUUCUUUCUUCGAUCGUUCUUUCCAAGCUUUCCUCUCUCUGUGAUCGUUCCCCACGUCCAAAUUUGAAAAGGGUUGUUUCAGAAUCAUCAAAUCUCUUCUCCGCGAAUAAUUCUCUCUGCGCUGCAGAAAAGAAGGAUCCACAUCGUUGCAGUUUACUUGCCGUUUUUUUGGGUGCUACCCAGGUUGACUUUCUUCUUUUCUGUGGGGGAAAGAUCAAAUUUUUGGGGCAGGGUGAGAAGAGAAAAUGGUGGUGAAGAUGAUGAGGUGGCCGCCGUGGCCGCCUGUUUCGUCGAGGAAGCUUGAGGCGAGAAUCGUGGUGCAGAGGCUGGAAGGGCUGAAGCAUGAUGAUGAUGAUGAUCAAUUGGAGAAGAAAACGAAGAGGUUGGUGGUUGAGGUGAAGUGGAAAGGGGAAAAGGGGAUUGCUUUGAGGCCAUUGAGAAGGAACAGGGCUGUGAAGAGGAAUUUGACUCAGGAAUGUGUGGGGUUUUGCGCUGAUGAUGGUGGUGUUGGUUGUUUCCAAUGGAAUGAGGAAUUCACCAAUGUUUGCAGCUUUUCAGGUCAAAAGGACGGCAUGUUUCUCCCCUGGGAGGUUGCGCUUACUGUUUUCAAUGUUACCAGUGAAGAAGGAUCAGAGAACAAAUUCCAGGUCACUGGGACUGCUGUGAUAAACCUUGCAGAAUUUGUUUCAACAGCCACUGAUAAAGAGCUUCAAAUUCAUUUGCCUCUAACACCUCCUACUGCCAGUCCUCCUCAAGGGACUAGCAGUCUUUUGCUUCAUAUAUCUCUUGGGUUGACAGAGUUAACAACCGUAGGGCCUCCAUUGCAACAAGUUCAAAGCUCAAUGGUGCCUCUUGAAAGGACAAUCUCUUGUCUGCCAUCCUUGGGACACACCAAUGAGCUUACUGGUCUGAGAGCCCGCCUCAGAAAUGUCAGGCUCUUGCAAGGUGGCAGUAAGAAGAGGCGUUCGUUAGGGGAAGAGACAGCCAAUACUGAUGCAGCAGCAGUGAAUAACGUGUACUCCGAUGGAGGAGAGUCAUUCCGGAAUGAUGAAGCAGCUGCUGAUGGUAGAGAUUUGGAGACAAGGGCUGACAACGGUUCUCAGCCAUCGCUGAAUUAUGCAGUAGCAUUGGCCUACACAAAUUUCGCUCAAGGGUCAGCACUGACAAACAUGAUGAGUGAUGGAGAAGGUGAGGAAUGGUCGGAUUGGAUAUACUUCAACAACAGAAAGCUAGAUUCCGGAGGUGGAUCCUUCCAGUCCGAGCAAUCAUCAGCUGAAUCAAUCUUCCAAGAACAGCCUUUGAAGGAGAGGCUGAAGUCUAGACUCUUCUUGCCUUGGAGGAAAAGGAAACUUGGCUUUGGAUCUUCCAAGGUCAAAGUUAAAGGAGAACCUCUUCUAAAGAAGCAUUAUGGGGAAGAAGGUGGCGAUGACAUUGAUUUUGAUCGCAGACAGUUGAGCUCCUCAUCCUCUGAUGGAUCUAGUUUUGGGGGGAGUAAAUCAGAAGAAUGUUCCACCACAAGCAGAUCAUCAUUCUCUGACUUUGGAGAUAAUGGCUGCUUCUCUGUAGGCAGCUGGGAAACAAAAGAAGUGGCGAGUCGAGAUGGGAAAAUGAAGCUCCAGGCACAGGUCUUCUUUGCAUCAAUUGAUCAAAGACAUGAACGGGCUGCAGGAGAGAGUGCUUGCACAGCUCUGGUUGCCAUCAUUGCCAAUUGGUUGCAGUCCAACCAAUAUGAAGAAGUCCCAAUCAAGUCGGAGUUUGAUGACCUGAUCAGGAGUGGAUCACUGCAAUGGAGAAACCUAUGUGAGAAUGAAGAGUACAGACAACGGUUUCCUGACAAGCACUUUGAUCUAGAGACCGUACUUCGGGCGAACAUAUGUCCGCUUUCUGUAGUGCCUGAGAAGUCCUUCAUAGGGUUUUUCCAUCCAGAAGAGCUGGAAGGAGCAGCAGAGAAUUUCAACUUCCUUCAUGGCGCCAUGUCCUUUGACAGCAUCUGGGAGGAAAUCAGCCGUAACAGCAGCUUACCUGCUUCUGGUGAGCCUUUUGUCUACAUCGUGAGCUGGAAUGACCAUUUCUUCAUCCUAAAGGUGGAUCUGGAUGCAUACUACAUCAUAGACACUCUAGGGGAGCGGCUUUUUGAAGGAUGCAAUCAGGCAUAUGUCUUGAAGUUUGAUAAGGACACGACAAUUGAGCUUCUUCCAAAACCAACUAAAGCUUCUUUAGAUGAAAAAUCCACCACCAAGGACAAGGCACUAUCAACAAAUAGCAGCAACUCGCAUGGAGAGAAAAGUGCAGCAGCUCGAGGGACCAUUGCCUCUAACUUAAGUGACACAGAAAAGGCUGAGACGGACGAGAAAAUUGUGUGGCGAGGAAAGGAGGCUUGCAAGGAGUAUAUUAAGAGCUUCCUUGCAGCCAUUCCGAUUAGGGAGUUGCAGGCAGAUAUCAAGAAAGGGUUGAUGGCGUCUACCCCUCUCCAUCACCGCCUGCAGGUGGAGUUCCACUACACUCAACUGACAACUACACAGGCUGCUGCGGUUGGAUUAAUGUCAACUGUUGGCCCAAAGGAUGUCGAGCUUCCAGCAUCAUUAGCUCUCGCUGUCACUGUUGCUUAGAACAUGGUCGGUACUCUGUGGAGCUCAAAGAGCUCUGCUAGUUUUAAUCGCCUUUGUACUCUGGUUUCUUUUUUUGAUGUGGUUGAGAUGAAUAAAUCAGAAAUGGUAUAGCAAUUUCGGAUGAAUGGAUACUUUGUAAAUAACUUCAACUACAAGCAACAAGUGCUGCUCAAUAAUAUCACAAGACUUGUUACUAAUACUAAUACCAACCUACUGAUGAAAAGUGCAAAGAAAAAUGAGGAUCUUUCAUUUCAGU